AUGCCUCAGGAUAUGCCCCCGCAGGGGGGCUACUUGCCCGUGCAGUACAAGCGCAACAUCCCUGCCCGUGGCUUCCGCCCCAUCUACUACCUGAUCGGUAUGCACCUGAUCAUGGGCUACGGUUACUACAAGCUCUUCUACGGUGUCCGUGAACAAUACGAACUCGCCCGUGAGAAGAUGUGGGGCCGUAUACACAUCAUGCCUCUUCUCCAGGCCGAGGAGGACCGUGACCAGGCUCGUCGCUACUUCGCCGACAAGGCUCGUGAGAAGGAGCUCCUUGGUACGGAUGCCAAGAUCUACAACUCGGACCGCUUCGUCCGCCCUACCUUCACUUAUACCCCCAGCAAGGUCACUCAAUAA